AUGACUUCUAAUAUUCAUAACCCAGCGGUACUACUGAAAAGGGUAUUUUCUCUAAAGGAACAGUCGAGCUUUAUACUAUGUACAGAUACAAUGGCGCAGAGCAGUGAACAUCUAAUAUCUGAGUUCAUUUUCAACAUGCAAGGCUCAGAUAUUCCAAUUCUGUAUGUGUCUUUUGAGCAUUUGAACAAGCCUGAGUACGCUAAUUAUUUUGUUGAAGCGGCUAAUUUAUCGGUCGAGCAAAUUGUUGCAGCAGUCGAGGAGUUGCUUCCAAAGCAGAAGGACGGUGUAUCGAAAAAGUCUUUAGUGAUCAUUGAUGCUAUCAAUUAUAUUCCCACGAAGUCAUUAAGUAAGUUUGUGGGUUCUUUGGCUUCGCCAAAUGUUACCGUCAUCACUACUUAUCAUAAAUCGUUGCCUGCUAAAAAAGACCCAUCGCUGCAGCAUUAUCCGAGCUCACUUCAAUUGCUACAGUUUAUCUCUACAAAAAUACUAGAGGUAAACCCUCUUACAGAUAGUAUAGAUCAGGAGGAACUGGAUUAUGAUCUUAAUAGGUUUGUAAUUCCUCGAAACAUGAAUGCGCCAGUUUACUCGUUGACAUUUACAAAUCGCAGACGUUCAGGAAGGUCAUUGACCUACCAACUGAAGAUUGAUUCCAAAACGCAUAAUUAUAGUCUAAUAAUGGGUACGGAAGAUGACUCGCGACAGGAAGAUGAUACAGAUGCCUUGAAUUCCUUGACAACAUUUAAUUUAAGCACUACGAAGAAGCAGAAGUUGGCGAAAGAACAGCUUGACCUGCCAUACUUGCAGGCGCAGUCAUUUAAUACUGGUGGUGCAAUAGUGUAUGAAUUCGAAAAGGAUGACGAUUAUGAUGAGGAAGAUCCUUAUGAGGAUCCCUUUUAG